UGGGCGGAGGAGAAUCGCUCUUAAAGGGCCAGCCCACGCGCGUCCUUUUGUUCCGGGGCCGCAGGGCGGGGCAGGCCCAACUUUCGCCGUCUUCUUGUCUACUCUUCAGCACGGCCAUGAUUUCCCAGUUCUUCAUUCUGUCCUCCAAGGGGGACCCGCUCAUCUACAAAGACUUCCGCGGGGAUAGUGGCGGCCGGGAUAUGGCCGAGCUCUUCUACCGGAAGCUGACGGGACUGCCAGGAGAUGAGUCUCCGGUUGUCAUGCACCACGACGGUCGUCAUUUUAUUCACAUCAGACACAGCGGCCUCUAUUUGGUGGCCACGACUUUAGAAAACGUUUCUCCCUUCAGCCUCCUAGAGCUGCUCUCCAGGUUAGCCACUCUCCUGACCGAUUAUUGUGGCUCCCUCAGUGAGGGGACCAUCUCCCGCAAUGUAACUCUUGUCUACGAACUCCUAGAUGAAGUGCUGGACUAUGGCUACAUACAGACCACAUCCACAGAGAUGCUGAGGAACUUCAUCCAGACAGAAGCCGUGGUCAGCAAGCCCUUCAGCCUUUUUGACCUGAGCAGUGUUGGCUUGUUUGGGGCCGAGACGCAACAGAGCAAAGUGGCCCCCAGUAGUGCAGCUAGCCGCCCUGUCCUGUCCAGUCGCUCUGACCAGAGCCAAAAGAAUGAAGUUUUUUUGGAUGUGGUUGAGAGAUUGUCCGUGCUGAUAGCAUCUAAUGGAUCACUAUUGAAGGUGGAUGUGCAGGGAGAGAUCCGGCUCAAGAGUUUCCUUCCCAGCGGCUCUGAGAUGCGCAUCGGCUUGACAGAAGAAUUUUGUGUUGGGAAGUCAGAACUGAGAGGUUAUGGACCAGGAAUUCGGGUUGAUGAGGUCUCAUUUCACAGUUCAGUGCAUCUGGAUGAGUUUGAGUCUCAUCGAAUCCUCCGCCUGCAGCCACCUCAGGGCGAGCUGACUGUGAUGCGAUACCAACUCUCUGAUGACCUCCCCUCCCCGCUUCCCUUUCGGCUCUUUCCCUCCGUGCAGUGGGACCGAGGCUCAGGCCGGCUCCAGGUUUAUCUGAAGUUAAGAUGUGACCUGCCCCCAAAGAGCCAAGCUCUCAACGUCAGGCUGCACCUUCCCCUGCCACGAGGGGUGGUCAGCCUUUCUCAGGAGCUGAGCAGCCCAGAGCAGAAGGCAGAGUUGGGGGAGGGAGCCCUUCUCUGGGGCUUGCCUCGGGUACAAGGAGGCUCUCAACUCUCAGGCCUUUUCCAGAUGGAUGUCCCGGGCCAGCCAGGGCCUCCUAGCCAUGGGCUCUCCACCUCAGCCCCUCCUCUGGGGCUGGGCCCUGCAAGCCUCUCCUUUGAACUUCCCCGGCACACGUGCUCUGGCCUCCAGGUGCGCUUCCUCAGGCUUUCCUACACACCUUGUGGGAACGCCAAUCCCCACAAGUGGGUACGGCACCUAAGCCACAGUGACGCCUAUGUCAUUCGGGUCUAAGGCUCUCCCACCAAGCAUACAGGCAGCAAAGGCAGUGGUCUGUCAAAUGGGAGAAGAACAAUCUUUUAUUUUCUGACCUUCUGGCCCAUGGCUCUGAAUCUGGGCAGGAAGAAUCCCGAGUCCUGAAAGAGCAGGAGGGCUUGACAGACUUGCCCUUUCCAUGGUAUCUGAUGACAGAAGGACUGAGGUGGAUCGGAACUUACAAAUGAAACUUUUAUUCUGAGGAACUAACUGGCUGUACAAUAUCUAAAAAGAAAGUAGUGUGGGCAAGCAGCCUACACUACCUCCUUCCACGCAGCAUGUGUGCUUGUGC